UUUCAGCACAGCAUGCAGUUUCAGUCCUCGGAUAGCUCCUUCACAAUGGCAUCACAGCUGUGAUAGGCAGGAGUCCAGGAGGGAGAGGAAAACGUCGCACAAUGAAGACAGUCCAGCCUGCUGGCUCUCACCGGGAGCAUGGAUCCGUGUAACAUCAGAACCCACCGGGACAGUAAAUGUUCGGCUAUUUUAUCACUAUUUACCUGUGCGCGUGCAUGUGAGGCUGGACCGUGCUUUUGGUAUGCUUUUUAAUUUUUGCUUAUUUAGGGUUGGGUUGGUUAUUUAGGUAGGGCUACGCGUUGCGGAUUAAGGGCCAGAUGAUGCUUGAUUACUCUGAGAGUAGCCUGUUUCCCCUUUUGUUGGCUCUCUGGGAGACGUGCUGUGCUGCACCUAGCUGUUCAGAUAAUUCUCCGCUGUGUUCCCAACAACUCAGGGUGCCAAGCUUCUCCUGAGGUAGGACCCUCUCUGUAGGUCUGUUCCUGCCACCCAGCAACCAUGGACCCUCUCCCGGAGUACUCUCUGUUCCUGGUCCGGAUCCUGGAGGAGCUGGACACCAAGCACAACACCAUGUCUUACCAGGACCUGUGUAAGUCCCUGUGUGGCCGCUUCGACCUGGUGCACCUGGCCAGGCUCCGCAGCCUGCUCUUCUACACAGCCUGUCUGGACCCCGCCUUCCCGGCCACCCUGUUCAAGGACAAGAUGCGCUGCACCAUGGAAGACCCGCAGUCCAAGAAGCUCAUGAUGGCGGCAGACAUCGUCACCAUGUUCAACUUGAUCCAGAUGAAUGGAGGCAUAGCCAAAGACAAGCUCCCCAUAGUGCACAGAGCUAAGUUCCACAAGAACCAGUCAGUGGAGCUGUGCAGGUCUGACAAUGAUACCUAUAAGUUUCAGGACUGCGACAAGGGGAUUGGUUAUGAGCACAUGAAUCAUCCCAGGGAUGGACACCAUCACCACCAUCAUCAUCUCCACCACCCCCAGCAGCCUCCUGUGGCUCAGAGCACCCCUCCCUGUCCUAAAUCAUCCGAGUGCAACAACUGCCAGCAGUUUAUUCCCACCUCGGACCCUAACUUCCUUCUGGGCCUUAGCAAGGACUUGAAUUGUAGAGCAGCCUCUCUGGACAAACUGCACCAUCUGCCCCAGUACUCCAGUGGCAGUCCGCCCUCUCCACCCUGCGAAAUGCAGAGUACCUACUUUCCCGUCAACAUCGACAGCGAGUCCACCACCGACCAGGAUUCCCUGCAGCACAUCGGCCAUCCAGAGCCCUUUUCUGUUCACCCCUGCAUCCAGAAGAGGAACAUCUUUAAGGAGAACUUCCACAACUUUGUGGCCUUCUCACCACAGGUCAUCGCCACUGAGGGCAAACAGGGUAGUAAGGCUGCUGACAGCUACCACAGGAGGGAGCUGCACAAACCUGCCACCUUCUUCAACCACAGUUUUGAACUGCCCUACAGUAACCCAUACUUUGAGCCGACAUUCAACUCCCCUCUUCAGGACAGACGGAGGGUGAAGCAUGAGAGCCUGGACGACUUACAGGCAUCCACAUACUUCGGUCCGACCACAGUCUCUGAGUGCGUCAGCAGCAGGAAGCACAGUGACAAAGCAGGGAAGCAGCAGCCGUGGCAAGUGAAGAGCCUCAGUCUCAACACAGAUGAGGGGCCUCCAGACUUUGAGAGGUCAUUUCUGAACAGCAAACCCCUCAAAGAAAACACCCAUCGAAAUAUGAGCGUCAUCAGCACUGAUGAUGAACAUUAUUUUCAGAGCCCAAAGGAGAAGUUAGUAGCUUCUACAUUUGGCUUUGCAAAGAAAACUAAUGGAAUAAAAACCAAAGAUGUAGCACUAAUGGCAAGUGGGCCUGCGGGUUUGGACAAAAGAGAGGCAGCCAAAAGGUUUAGGGACAAAAUUAUGAACAGUCCAUCCUUUCAGGGAGGAGACAGCUCCUCUAGUGUUGGGACUCAAACAGAGCAGGCUGAGCAGAAGAAGGUGAAGGAAUACCCAGCUAAGUACAGUGACAGAGAAAGGCAUGCCUUCAAACAUUCUGAUGAGGACUCUGAGAUAGUUAGUGAUGACAUAAGUGACAUUUUUCGUUUUCUGGAUGAUAUGAGUGUUUGUGACUCACUGGGCAUUGUCCAAUCAUCUUGCUACAACAGCAAUGGGUCUCUGUCUCAGGUAACGCUGAAGUCUGAAGGUGAUAGCUCCCCUGACCGCAACACGGUCAAACUAGCCAAGUCCAAGCUGGAUCGCCUCUUCCAUUCGCUGGAAAACACAGACGAUGAGCUCAAAUCGAGUGUCUGCAAACUGGUGAUGAGGAUUGGUGAGAUCGAAAAGAAGCUGGAGUCUCUGUCGGGGGUUCGCAGUGAGAUCUCCCAGGUGCUCUCCAAACUCAACAAGCUGGACGAGAAGAUCCAGGAACCUGAGGCCAAUGGGAGACACGGAGAGACAGCGUCUGCAUGCGGGUCCAUUGCCACCCCCGACAAGCCACAACCCCACCCUCAGCCACAUCCCGACACCACCCUCUCACCUCCUGUUUUCCAGUGCCACACCACAGGCCACAAUGUCAAAAUUGACAAUGGCUCCUCGGGGGAGUGGUGCUGCUCAGAUGGGAGUAACGGCGAUAGCCUCAGGGUAAAAGCUCUGAAGAAGAGCAUGUUCACCAGGAGGUCGUCCCGCUCACUCAACGAGGACAACAGUGCCACUGACUCAAAGGUCGCCAGCAUUACCAACUCUCCGCGGGACUGGAGGACAGUGUCCUACUCCUGCCACCCUGGAGACGAGGACAAGGACAGAGACAGCAAGGACAGACACCAGAAAGCUAAAGAGGCAGAGCGAGAGCGUCAAUACGAGCUACCCCAGGCCCACCGCCCCUCUAAACCGCCAAAGAAGUCCUACCUGAUCGAACAGGUUUUCUCACCACAUCCCUUCACCCCCUCCGUUAAGGCCCAUGUGAAAGGUAGCCCCCUGUACACCGACCUGAGGCUCACCAGUCUGUCAGAUGACAAGCGUGGUCAGCCGUCCUGGACCAUCCAGGAAUAUAAACGCAACUCAGGAGAGAAGGGAAAGCAGCUCACAGCUCUGGACCUGCAGACCCAGGAUUCCCUAAACGCCAACAACCUGGAGUACUGGAUGGAGGACAUCUACACACCAGGCUAUGACUCACUGCUCAAGAAGAAAGAAGCAGAGUUCAGGAGGGCUAAGGUAAAAAGUCUCUAGGUUGACUCUGGCUCUGAUAAGUAUUUUUUGGACUCCUCCAUGGUUCAGCACCUAGAGAUCCCCACUCUGCCCCUUGAGACUCACCUUAAGGCCACAGUUCGGAAUGGACAGCGCAUAUGCAUGGUAACACACCACUGUUCCUCUUAGUCUUCAAGUGUCUGGCAAUCGCCUUGAAAAAUUAUGAUUCCAUGUUAUUGAUUCUCCUGUGGUUCCCGUUGUCCUUUGUUAUCCUUGCCUAACCUUACAUAACCCCCAUGUCGAUUGGUCUUCAGGCUCCAUUCUUGGAUGGAGCAAAUAUUGCCAUUCCCACUGUCUCAAGUCUGCUCUGUGUCCCUCCAGUGCCACUUCUGAAAUUCUCAGAGACUUACCUGACAUGUCUAAUGUGCCCAAAGUUUAUGCUGAUCUGAGUUCUCAGUUUUCAGCACGAAAUGAGCAACCACACUUCCCCCUCAUCGACCUUAUGACUGUGCCAUUGAUUUCCUGCCAGUCAUGCCUCCUCCACAGGGACCGGGUCAGAGGACUGCCAUGGAGAAGUACAUAGCGAAGUCUCUGGCCUCAGGAUUUAUCCAUCCUUCAACAUCCCCUGCUGGAAUAGGCUUCUUCUUUGUAGGUAAGGAUGGCAUACUCAGACCAUGUAUUGACUUCAGAGGGCUCAAUCAAAUAAUUGUCCCCCUGCCUUUGAUGUUGUCUGCCAUUGAAUUCCUGCAUGGAGCCACAGUUUUUUUCAACCUUGAGCAGCACAACCACUACAAUACAGUAUGCAUUUGGGAGGGGGACAAAUGGAAGACAGCCUCCAAAACCUCUAGGGGCAUUAUGAGUACCUACUAAUGCCUUUUGGUCUCUCUAAUACCCCAGCUGUCUUCAAAGCUCUUGUAAAUGAUGUGCUGAAGGACAUGUUGAACCGUUGUUUUUGUUUACCUUGAUGAUAUCCUUUUUCCUAGUCUCCUUGGGAUCAUGUCCUCCAUGUUCGACAGGUGUGUAGGGAAAGCAACCUCUGUUGUUUUCAAAGUCCACACGGACUUGAGCUGAGUGAGUUGACAAAGCCAAAUGAGAGGUACUGUUUAUGGCCUUGUGGAAUUCCAGUGUGAUUUGAAUACACUUUCUUUCCUGGUACUCCUCCGGAUUUGUAAGCACCUCAAUAGUGAAAGUGUCACUCUGAAACCUUCCAGACCUGGUAUCAGGCUCUCUGCCCUGGAAAGUUAUGUGUUUUGUCAUGCUAACAAGAUUAACUGCAGGACUGGAAGCAGUCAACGACUGGAUUCACCUGGCUACAAACCACAGGAAAAGGUCUGUAUACAUAAGAUGAACUAACAGGAUUACCUUUUCCUGGGACAGAGACUUCAGUUCUUUAUUCUUUUGAGAGAAUGAGACGGUGUAGUCCCUCAUUCAUCCAGGAGUGUUCCAUCGUAGAAAAGGUUUCAGUCGUAGUCAUCUGGACACUGUUUUCAGAAUCAAGACGUUUCGGCUCCCAUCCGGAAAUCAUUCUCAAUGUUGCAUUGAGAAUAACUUCCGGAUGGGAGCCGCAACGUCUUACUUUUGAGAGAAUACACAUCACAUCAAGACAAUGAAUAGAAUUAAACAAAUGGCAAUCUCACCCUCUCUUCCCCCUUUUCUCUGUCUCUCUCACACUCACACUCAAACACACACACAAACACCACAUACCCCCUCUUUAUCGCUCACACCCUGAUGUGACCUGAGAUAAGAUGCCCACCAUUAUAAAUUAGAAAGUGCAUUCCUGAUCUGAAUUAACACUGUUAUAUCCUGUUAUAUCCUUUAUUUUAGCCCGAGUCUGAAUUAAUUCAAAUUAGUGAUCCAAUCAGUCAGUAUUACUCAGCAUGUUUUCCCGAAGAAUAAUCCAACUACGAUAUCUGUAAAAUGUAAGACGAAUGAAUUAUUCAUUCAUAGAUUUAAUACCUUGUUUACCAUAUGGCCACACUGCCAUCUUGUGGCCAUUGAUAAUGAGAUCCUGUAACAAUUGUUGUUAUGAUUUUGUGUAGGAUUGUAGUUAGUAUAUUGGGUGAUCAAACUAACUGUUAUUUAACCUGCAAUCGUUUUAUUAGAAGUAUUGAAUUUAUGUUUUUUGAUAGUUAAGCAGUUAGGAAUAUUACGAUUGAACGAUGUUCUGAAAUAUGAUGGAUGCUUUGAUGUAAACCCUAUUACGUACUAUUUGAUGUUAGAAUCACUAUUGAUUGACCACAGUGAUGAGAAGUAUGUGACUGAUCCGCGUAACAUAUCAAAUCAGAUAGUUCCAUAAAAGUAGAGGAGACCACAUUUUCUGUUAAGAAUAAAGGAAGAUUAUUAGUUAUCAGGCAUACAGCACUUGGAGCCCGAAAGACCCCUCCUCCGCCUCCAAUACAAGCCCUAUCUGACGGUGAAUAAAUAGACUUUCUUCUUUGUUUCCAGAGCAAACAUUCUUUCCCUGUUCUGAAAUCACAUACUCCUUUUCACUAUCGCCAAACUGAAUAAUAAUUUCCUACAUCUAUUUUAUUCUGUUUUCCCGUUAUAUAGUCAUGAUUAAUCCCUCAUUUAUUCAUUUGUUAAUAAACAUUUAACUAUAAAUAAAUGUUUCAUUAUCACCAUUCA